AUGGGUUUCAGGAACCACCGGAUCAUCAGCGCCUUCAAUGGUCGCUUGGCCUUUGCCGUCUCGGUUCUGAUGCUCUCCCAGAUCAAUUUUGGAAUGGACAUCAAUGCCUUCAGCACCACCCAAGCCAUGACCGCUUUUGAGGAAAAAUUUGGGGUGUGGAACGAGGAACGUCAACGAUCCAUCAUUGAGCCCUAUUUUCUCUCUCUCCUCAACAGCCUGACUUAUGCCGGCCAAGUCGUGGGAGUGAUAACUGGUGGCUAUAUCGGUCGUCGAUGGGGGCGACGCAUGUCUUUUUUUGUCAUGUGUUUUUGGGCCGUUAUAUCCGCCAUUUUGCUCGUGACUGCUCAGCACAAGGAACAAAUGCUUGUUGGCCGUAUUCUCAACUAUAUCUACAUCGGCCAGGAAUUGGCCACCGUGCCCGUCAUGCAGUCAGAAAUCGUUCCGGCCAAUGUUCGAGGGUUUGUGGUCGGCACGUAUCAACUCGGGACUAUGUUCGGCUCUUUUCUCAUGUCCCUCAUCACCUACGGAACCUCCCGAAUGAGCAGUGAGGCAUCUUUCCGCAUCCCUCUGGGCCUCUUCUUUGUCAUCCCUGUUGUAGUUUUUGCCGGUGUAUGGUUCAUUCCCGAGUCACCACGAUGGCUUUUGGUCCACAAUCGCCCAGAGGAAGCCAUGGUAUCCCUCCGAAAAUACCGCCAGGGUCGAUUUACCGAAGAGGAAAUCGUGGAGGAAUACCAAACUCAGGUGGCCUUUGUCCGGAUGAACCACGAAAAGGGCACGUUCCAGGAAAUGUGGCAGGGCACCAACCUGAAACGAUCGCUUAUCGUCAUUGGCGCCAAUAUCAGCAUCCAGAUCAGUGGUCAAUCGUUUAGCAGCAAGUAUGGAGCAGUCUUCCUGAAGGAUAUCGGAGCAAUUGACCCCUUUGCCAUGUACUGUAUAAGCACCGGCCUCUCGAUCCUGGUGGUCAUGUUUAGCAUGUAUUUCCUCGACAAGAUGGGCCGCCGGCCUCCUUUAAUCGCUGGGUCGGUCCUCCAGUCGGGUUCCAUGUUGGCUAUGGGCGGUCUUGGGACGAAUUCAACCCUGACAGACUCUCAAGCAGUGGGCAUCACGGCACUCUUGACCAUUUUUUAUGGAGGAUUCUGUCUCGGCUGGGCACCAAUCUAUCAUAUCCUCACCGCGGAAAUACCCAACUCCCGCAUGCGAGACAUGACAUACACCGUCGCCAGCGUCGUCACCGUCGUCACACAAUUCGCCGUCGCAUUCACCAUUCCAUAUCUGUAUUACGAGCCCUACGCUGCCCUGGGUCCCAAAAUCGGACUCAUCUUCGGAUCCUUGGCCGUCUGUACCCUUGUUUUCGCCAUCUUCUGUAUCCCCGAGUGUCGGAAGUUGUCGCUGGAGGAAGUUGACCACCUGUUCAUGAACAAGACACCGAUUCUGAAGUUUGGCAAGCACAAGCACGGCCAGAUCCUCCCGCCGGAGGUGUUGGAGAUCACCUCGGAAAAGUUGGAGGAUGGGCCAAACGUGGAGCAGAAAGAGGUUGUCGCCUAG